AUGUCUACCCAGAAGGAAAUACAGAUCAAUAGAGAAUAUGCUGUAUCCUUAUUGGAACAGUUAAACUUGUUCUAUGAACAGCACUUGCUAACUGACAUUGUUUUAAUUGUUGAGGGCACUGAAUUCCCAUGCCAUAAGAUGGUUCUUGCUACAUGUAGCUCUUACUUCAGGGCAAUGUUUAUGAGUGGGUUGAGUGAAAGCAAGCAAACACACAUUCAUCUGAGGAAUGUGGAUGCAGCCACUUUACAGACCAUAAUAACUUAUGCUUACACAGGUAAUUUGGCAAUAAAUGACACAACAGUUGAACAGCUUUACGAAACAGCUUGCUUCCUACAGGUUGAUAACGUGUUACAUCGGUGUAGGGAAUAUUUAAUUAAAAAAAUGAAUGCUGAAAACUCUGUGCGGCUUUUGGGUUUUGCUGAUCUUUUCAGCUGUGAAGAGUUAAAACAGAGUGCCAAAAGGAUGGUAGAACACAAGUUUACAGUUGUAUACCACCAAGAGGCUUUCAUGCAGCUCUCACGUGAUCUGUUGAUAGAUAUUCUGGGUAGUGACAAUUUAAAUGUGGAAAAGGAAGAGACAGUUCGUGAAGCUGCUAUGUUAUGGCUGGAGUACAAUACAGAAUCUCGAUCACAGUAUUUGUCAUCAGUUCUUAGCCAGAUAAGAAUUGAUGCACUUUCUGAAGUUACACAAAGAGCUUGGUUUCAAGGCUUACCACCAAAUGAUAAAUCAGUAGUGGUUCAAGGGUUGUAUAAAUCUAUGCCGAAGUUUUUUAAACCAAGACUUGGAAUGACUAAAGAGGAGAUGAUGAUUUUUAUUGACGCUUCUGCUGAAAAUCCUGGUAAUCUUUACUCUUCAGUAUGUUACAACACACAGGCUGAAAAAGUUUACAAACUCUGCAGUCCUCCUACUGAUCUCCAUAAGGUUGGGAUACUUGUAACUCCUGUUAAUGAUAUUUAUAUAGCAGGUGGGCAAAUCCCACUGAAAAACGCAAAAACUGACUAUAGUAAAACUAGCAAACGUAAAGCUGCCUUCUGUGCUAUGAAUUGUUUUUAUUGGUUUGAUGCUCAGCAAAAUACAUGGUUUCCAAAGAGUCCAAUGCUGUUCGUUCGUAUAAAGCCGUCUCUUGUUUUCUGUGAAGGCCAUAUUUAUGCAGUUGGUGGAGACAGUGUUGGUGGAGAACUCAACAGAAGAACUGUGGAAAGAUAUGAUACUGAGAAAGAUGAAUGGACCAUGGUAAGCCCGCCACCCUGUGCUUGGCAGUGGAGUACAGCAGUUGCUAUUCAUAACUGCAUUUAUGUAAUGGCACACAACUUGAUGUACUGUUACUUCCCCAGAUCAGAUGCUUGGGUUGAAAUGGCUAUGAGACAAACUAGUAGAUGCUUUGCUUCAGCUGCUGUUUUUGGAGAUAAAAUAUUUUAUAUUGGAGGCUUGCAUGUUGGCAGCAACUCUGGUAUAAGGCUACCUGCUAGCACUGUAGAUGGGUCUUCCAUAACAGUGGAAGUUUAUGAUGUGAAUAAAAAUGAAUGGCAAAUGGCAGCCAGUAUUCCUGCCAAGCGGUAUUCUGACCCCUGUGUCAGAGCUGUUGUGAUUUCUAACUCUUUGUGUGUCUUCAUACGAGAAACUCACAUGAAUGAGAGAACCAAGUACACUACAUACCAAUAUGACAUGGAACUUGAUUGUUGGUUCUUGUGGCAGCAUAUAUCUGAGCGGGUACUCUGGGAUUUGGGAAAAGAUUUUCAAUGCACUGUGGGAAAAUUGUAUCCAUCUUGUCUUGAAGAGUCCCGAUGGAAACCUCCACCGUAUUUGUUUCCUCCUGAUGGGGCUGAUGAGUUUGAUCUUGAUGGGGAAAUGGUUACACUGCCAUCUGUAUAG